UAUGAACGUAUAAAUAGAAAUUUGUACUUGAAUAGUUAUUAAGUAUACAGUUCUGUGCACUCUUGCAGUAUAAGCAGAGAAUUUCCAAAGACUUUUCGAUACUAAAAGAAAGCAAGAAUUCUUUUAGCUGAACCAAUGUCACCUAUAUGCGUUCAGCUGAACCAACAAGAUAAGCAUGUGGUGUUGGAUAAUGGAAUUCUACAAGUUACCCUAUCGAAUCCUGAAGGAAUUGUUACAGGAGUACGAUAUAAUGGUGUUGAUAACUUACUUGAAACUCAAAAUGAAGAAGUUAAUAGAGGGUAUUGGGAUCUCGUUUGGGGUGGACCUGGAGGUAAAGGAGGAUUUGAUGUAAUAAAGGGAACAAGUUUUGAGGUAAUACAGGAAGACGAGGAACAGGUAGAGUUAUCAUUCAAAAGGACAUGGGACGCAUCCCAAACAGAUAGAGUUCCACUAAACAUAGACAAAAGGUUUGUUAUGCUGCGAGGUUGUUCUGGUAUCUACUCUUAUGCAAUUUAUGAGCAUAUGGAUACUUGGCCUGCUUUCAGUCUAGCUGAAACCAGAAUCGCCUUUAAACUCAGAAAGGACAAGUUUCACUACAUGGCUAUUGCAGAUAACAGGCAAAGGGUCAUGCCCAUGCCAGAUGACCGUCAGCCUGGUCAUGGUCAACCACUGGCUUAUCCAGAAGCUGUUCUUUUGGUUAAUCCUAUCAACCCUGACCUGAAAGGGGAGGUUGAUGAUAAGUACCAGUACUCGUUCGAUAAUAAGGAUAACAAGGUUCAUGGUUGGAUAUGCUCCAACCCACCUGUUGGUUUCUGGCAAAUCACACCAAGUGACGAGUUCCGAACUGGCGGACCUGUAAAGCAGAACCUUUCUUCCCAUGUUGGACCCACGACUCUCGCAAUGUUCCAGAGUGCACAUUACACAGGGGAUGCUCUAAACCCAAGAAUUCAAGAUGGAGAGCCAUGGAAAAAAGUUUUUGGGCCUGUUUUUAUCUACCUCAAUUCAACGUUUGACGACGAAGAUCCACUCUCACUUUGGCAAGACGCCAAAGAACAGAUGUUGAUUGAAGUACAGAGUUGGCCAUACAAUUUCCCAGCUUCGGAGGACUUCCCUUCUUCUGAUCAACGGGGAAAUGUUAGCGGCAGAUUACUAGUCCAUGACAGGUAUGUUGAUGAAGAGCCCACAUCCGCCAUCUCAGCAUAUGUGGGGUUAGCUCCACGAGGGGCUGCUGGAUCAUGGCAAACAGAAUGCAAGGGCUACCAAUUCUGGACAAGAACUGACGAGGAUGGGUAUUUCUCGGUGUUUGACAUUCGAAAUGGAGAUUAUAAUCUUUAUGCCUGGGUUCCUGGGGUUAUUGGAGAUUAUAAAUGUGAUAUGGAUAUAACCAUCACACCAGGAUGUGAUAUCGACCUGGGUGAUCUUGUAUAUGAGCCUCCACGAAAUGGUCCUACCUUAUGGGAGAUUGGUAUUCCUGACCGUUCUGCUGCUGAAUUUUAUGUUCCAGAUCCUAAUCCUAAGUACAUCAAUAAACUUUUCGUCAAUCACCCCGACAGGUUUCGACAGUAUGGAUUGUGGGAGAGGUACGCAGAGUUAUACCCUGAUAAAGAUCUUGAAUACACAGUUGGUGUCAGCGACUACCGAAAAGAUUGGUUUUACGCACAAGUUACUAGGAAGAAAGAAGAAAAGGUAUAUGAAAGCACCACAUGGAAGAUUAUAUUUAAGCUCGACAACGUGGACAAAUCAGGAACUUAUAAGCUUCGAUUAGCAAUUGCAUCUGCAACAUACGCCGAAUUACAAGUACGAGUCAACGACGAAAAAGCCAAUCCACCUCAUUUCACAAGUGGGCUAAUAGGGAAGGACAACUCAAUCGCAAGACAUGGAAUUCAUGGAUUACAUUGGCUGUUCAAUGUGGAUGUUACAGGCUCUAGACUCAUUGAAGGAGACAACACCAUAUUUCUGACUCAGCCAAGAUACGGCAGCCCCUUCUUUGGAAUUAUGUACGACUACAUCCGCUUAGAAGGGCCUCCUCCAACUUCUAUAUGUUAACUCGUUCAUAAACAUUAAGUGACUCUCCAUGGAACAAGGAUUUAGUAAGAACUAAGCAUUAAUUUAGCUUACAUGUAAUUCUGUUAUUUCAUUGCAAUUACUACACUACUCACGGGCUUAUGUACUUUAUAAUAAGAAAACCCUUAGAUUUAAGAUUCAUAAUCAUAUAUAUAUA